GAAUGCGUGACGAUUAUGAAGCAGCUGCUUAAGGAUGUCGUGGCCACCGAGCAACUUCUCAAGGAGACGAAGGUAGGCGUGGCUGUCAGCAAACUUCGGAACCACAGCGCGAAGGAUGUUGCAGAUCUGUCCAAAGUGAUCGUAAAGAAGUGGAAAGGGGAGGUCCAUGUGGGGGAUAAGCCGAAAACCAAGACUCCUGCCGUUGCUGCGAUCAAGACUGAGAACCCUUCUGGUACUCCCAGUCCCUCACGUCAAGAAACACCCUCUACACCAGUCAACGUUCCGCAUAAAGUCGUACCCGGUGCUAAACCCGGCGCUCCCAGGACCACCAAGACCGAUGGAGUUACCAUUGUGACACUUGGGGAUAAAGUCCGGGACAAAUGUCUGGAAAUGGUAUAUGACGCGCUUGCUAAUGAUUCACGAUACCCUUCGGAGCAACUGCUUAAAAAGGCACAGGCCGUGGAAGGUGAAGUGUACAGAGAGUUCCGCGCAGUAAAUGCUGCGUAUAGGAACAAAAUGAGAAGAUUGUUCCUCAACUUGAAGGACAAGAACAACCCGCAGCUACGGGAAUUCAUUGUUUCGGGAGACUUGCCUAUUCCCAAGUUCUGCACGAUGAGUGUCCAGGAAAUGGCUUCAGAAGAGCGCAAGGAAGCCGAUGCGCAAUUGAUGGAGGAUAAUUUGUUCAAGUCUUUGGGAGCCGGUGAGCAAGAGGCUGAAACUGAUGCAUUCCAAUGUGGUCGCUGCAAAGAGCGUAAAACCCGAUAUCGUCAAGCCCAGACCAGAAGUGCGGAUGAACCGAUGACGACAUUCGUAACAUGCGUGAACUGUGGUAACCGAUGGAAAUUCUCUUGAAUUUAACUCCAAACCACUUCUCAGACCCAGCUCUGCACACUUCUCUGCUUCUCUGUCCUUAUUGUUUUCCCCCAUCCCCGUGCCCCCUCCGUGUAUGAAUCUUUGAUCACCGCUCCUUAACCUCUUCGUCGAAAACAAGCCACCGUACUCCCGCCGAGUUGGGCUCCUUUCUUUGUACUUAUACCUAUACCCGACGAGUUCAGUCGUGGUCCCUUCCCUUAUUGAUCUAACUGUGGCCUUCUCAAUCCUUACAUAUGGCAUGAUGGCCGUUUAUUGGUAUUUCUUUGCAAGGCACGGGGGCGGUGCCAUAGUCACAUUAGAGCUUCAGAAUACUACUAUGUAACAGUUGGCUAAAACUAAAGUUAGAUCGACAUCUACAAUGCAGCGCGUGCC